UCGGCCCUCCCCCUCAGCCGUCCCUCACCCGGCGACUCACUCAUGGCGACCAGCGGUGGCGCUGGUGAGGGAGGUCGGCGGAUAAGGUGAGGAGCGGCGGCGGCGGACGUAGAGUGCCGCUGCCCAGCGCUUCUUUGCUCCCGCCAACGCCAUGGCAGGCGCGGCGCCGCCCGCUCUGCGCAUGUCGCACACGCAAUUCAUUGAGCACCUCCGUCGUGCGGCUGCAUCCGCCCGCGCCCCGCGCGCCGGCGAGGUCCUUCAUGGCUGGGCGCUCAAGUCCGGCGCCGCCUCCCACGCACCCGUCUCCAACUCCCUAAUCACCUUCUACUGCUCCCUCUCGCGGCCGCUCCUCGCGGCCGCCUUCGCCGUCUUCGAGGAUAUCCCCGCUGCCACGCGCGAUGUGGCCUCGUGGAACUCCCUCCUCAACCCGCUCUCCCGUCACCACCCCCUCGCCGCGCUCUCCCACUUCCGCUUGAUGCUCUCCUCCUACGACCGCAUCGUCCUCCCGUCGCCGCACUCCUUCGCUGCUGCGUUCACUGCCGCCGCCCGCGCGCCGUCCGCGUCCUCCGGCGCCGCGGCCCACGCGCUCGCGUGCAAGUUUCCCUCGUCCUCCGCCGGCUCUGACAAUGUGUUCGUCUCCACUGCCCUGCUUAAUAUGUAUUGCAAACUGGGCAUUACUUCCGAUGCCCGCAGGGUGUUCGACGAAAUGCCGCAUCGGAAUGCGGUGUCUUGGACUGCUAUGGUGUCUGGGUAUGCUGUGGGGAAGUGCUCUGAGGAGGCGUUUGAGAUCUUCCGGUUGAUGCUUCAGGAGUGCCCCUCUGAGAAAAAUGAAUUUGUCACCACGGCGGUUCUUAGUGCAGCUAGCAUGCCAUCAGGAUUGCUUAUGGGGGUGCAGGUUCAUGGGUUGGUUGUGAAGGAUGGGUUGGUGGGAUUUGUGUCUGUGGAGAAUUCACUUGUUACAUUGUAUGCAAAGGCUGAGUGUAUGGAAGCAGCUCUGCAGGUGUUUGGGUCAUCAAAGGAGAGGAAUACAAUAACAUGGUCAGCAAUGAUCACCGGGUAUGCUCAGAAUGGGGAGGCAGGUAGUGCAACUAGGAUGUUCUUACAGAUGCAUACUGCAGGAUUCUCACCAACAGAAUUCACCCUUGUUGGGGUACUGAAUGCAUGCAGUGACAUGGGAGCGUUGUCUGUUGGGAAGCAGGCUCAUGGUUUGAUGGUGAAGCUGGGGUUUGAGAUGCAGGUUUAUGUGAAGAGCGCAUUGGUUGACAUGUAUGCCAAGUGUGGUUGUAUUGGUGAUGCAAAAUGUGGGUUUCAGCAGUUGUGUGAUGUUGAUGACGUUGUCCUUUGGACUGCGAUGAUUGCUGGGCAUGUGCAGAAUGGGGAGCUCGAGGAAGCCCUAGUGUUGUAUGCCAAGAUGAACAAAGAGGGCAUCAUGCCCAGUAAUUUGACUAUAACUAGUGUUCUUAGAGCAUGUGCAUGCCUUGCGGCGUUGGACCCAGGGAAGCAAAUGCAUGCACAAAUAAUGAAGUGUGGGUUUGGUUUGGGUGGUUCUGUUGGAAGUGCUCUGUCUACAAUGUAUUCGAAGUGUGGGAACCUUGAAGAUGGCAUGGCUGUCUUCAGAAGCAUGCCUGAUAGGGAUGUUAUUGCAUGGAAUUCAAUCAUUUCUGGAUUUUCGCAAAAUGGAUGUGGCAAUGGUGCACUUGACCUGUUUGAGGAGAUGAAACUAGAGGGCACUGCACCUGAUCAUAUAACAUUCAUUAAUGUAUUUUGUGCUUGUAGCCACAUGGGCUUAGUCGACAGAGGUUGGUUUUAUUUUAGGGCAAUGACCAAAGAUUACGGUUUAAUUCCUAGGCUUGAUCACUAUGCUUGCAUGGUUGAUAUUCUUAGCCGAGCAGGGCAGUUAAAAGAAGCAAAGGACUUCAUAGAAUCAAUAACUGUUGACCAUGGAACAUGCCUAUGGCAUAUAGUCCUAGGAGCAUGUCGUAGUCUACGGGAUUUUGAUGUUGGGGCAUAUGCAGGUGAAAAACUGAUGCAGUUAGGUACUGAGGAUUCCUCUGCUUACAUAUUGUUAUCAAACAUCUAUGCUUCCCAGAGGAAGUGGAAUGAUGUUGAGCGGGUGAGACGUUUGAUGAGACUCCGAGGAGUUAGCAAGGAUCUAGGGUGUAGCUGGGUUGAGCUUAAUAGCCGAGUUCAUGUGUUCGUCGUUGGGGAACAACAACAUCCUGAAGUGGCAAAUAUAAAUGCCGAGUUGAUAAGGCUAGCCAAACACAUGAAGGAUGAAGGCUAUCGUCAAACAUGCAAAUUCCCAUUUGAUGAAGAACUGGAUGCACCUGGAGAAACUCAUGGAGAAGAUCAACUGGAAUUGAUGUCAGCAGAUUAUGGCUGAGUUCCCAAGAGAUAAGUCACUCAGCCCACAUGUCAACAAAGAUUCCUGGCGCAAAACAUAUCCUCCACCCCUCCGCGAAACAUUGAGAAGCACCGCUGCUCCGCUUCCGAAUACAACAAAAGCGCCACCUCCUCUGCUCGGCCAUUGCCCAGGCACCGCUCCACCGCAAACAGGAGCAGCACCAGGAGCAACUGGUCCUCUUGCUAAGAUCUUGCUAAGAUCCAAUGUUCAAGUGCACAGAUGCUAUCAGUUUUCCAGUGUGGGCUCUUCAGCACCAUGGUAUUCCGCUUGCUCAGGUUGAAACAUAAAUUUCAGGCUUCUGCUGGAAUGUCAUUGCAGCUUAUUCUUUUGACUUCCUUCUUGCUUAUCUCAGUGUUUUUGACAUCUCUUAUUGAUAUCUUCGUCCAUUGACACGUGAAGCUUGAGGUCUGUAGACUAGAUCAUAACUAAAGGUUAAAGAACUAUGGUAAUUUGUUUGGUGAAUUGUACCAGGAAAGACUCUGAUAUAUAACUGCAUCCCAAGCACGUUGGGGGCAUUACAUGGUUAUUCUUAUGAUGUCUCAGAACUGAUCCUAAAAUGUGGUGAGGCAUUACUGCAGGCCAUUCUUUUCAAGAGGAUUCAAAAUUUCAAAUUACCCCUUUUGGAAACAGUUGGUUUUGGAGAGACUAGGUUGGCAAAGUAGAUGGCAGGAGAAUUAUACCUCAAGCAAGAUACAUUGUAGACUAGUUGAAAAACUCACACUGAACAGCAAUGAAGACAAUCGAAUUUGAAACCAAUGAAUGGAAGUUUGACUUGGUCAGAUAUAUCUAUAUAUGGAGCCAGACAUAUCACUUGAUCAAUACGUCAGGGUUAAUAAUGUUUCAUGGGUAUGCCAGAACCCAGAGAUAUAUUCUUUUUGAUUAACAUAAUCCUUCUGUCACAUUUGGGCACCUAACCUAGGAUCAAAUAAAGCAUAGCAAUUAUGACCUUACCCUUUUAUUAUGAUGAUCUUCUAUAUGAAAAUUACUGGCAAUGCCAAAGAUUCCUUUU